AUGCCUCCUUCUCGUGUCAGGGAUGAAAAGCUCACUUCAACCGUUAUUGAAAUUACAGUCAAUAUUGUCAAUCAGUUGAAAAAAUCAAACCUCAACUUUAAAGAUUUUCUCUAUGCUUACCUAGUAGCAGAGGACUCGGAUGGGACCUUGAAGGCUUCUCGCCGAUUUUGGGGACGGCGUAAGGGAUGGGCUUCAACUUUGAGCGUCUUAGAAGCUAUGCGAAAACAUAUUUGCAACAAUAUGAAGGGUAGACUAUUAUGGAAGUCUUUCAUACUUUCAGAAAAGCGGGCUGACCAACUUCGAAGUGCCAUGGGUUUUCUAUGGUCACUGAUUCGACAUCGUUUAUCUUCCAACAGACCCGGAACAGAGCCUGAUAGCGAGGUCAUGUCGGAAGCCUCCGAGAUCAGCGUGGCCGAUUCCUUAGUAGAUUUGGGGAGCGGGGCUGAGCCUGUUGACAUUACAAUUGAAAAUACGCAUGUUCCUGAUGCAUCGGAAGAUAUGUGGGUGGAUAUUGAGGCAGGCUCCACAAAUCUCAAUCGAGUCAUGGAUGAUGAUUCUGAUACUUUGUCCGGAGGAUUCUCUGAAGAUGAUCUCUUCACAGUUCAAAGGGAUGGUGGUACUGGUAUGAUGGAAGAUGGUAUUCGAAAAGGACGUCAAGCCGAAUCUCAUGCUGAGGAUGAAACCUUUGAAGUUGAUGACCCACUAGAAGAUUUGAUAGAUGGUGAAGAUGUGACUUACGUGAAGAAGGGAUCGAAAAUGGACCAGGCAAAAAGAAGAUUUGAUUGUGCUAUGCGAGAUGCUGAGGAAAAGGAAGUUGAUGUUAAGGAUUUUCUACCUAGCCUUCCCGAACGUGCACACUGGAAGGAUACGAUUGACGCGCAGCUAGGACAGGCUUACUUAGAUUAUAUUGUGACUGAAAAUAGGACACUGGAGCCUGCGAAGUUGCCUAACUUAACUAGAACCCCACCUUCGCUCGACCCACUCCCGGCCGAGAAACCAGAUGUAGUCAUGUUGCCAUUGAUGGAUCUCUCUUGUGGUUCGGCAGAGGGCGUUGGGCAGGUCCUUGAUCAUGUAGCUAAUAUCACAGGCCGACCACUGAAAGACAACGCACAUGAUCUGCAGGUGGUUGAAGGAGAUGUAGGUACUUGCAUCAACCUGGAGAGUUAUCGAGCAAAACUCCAUCCUGCAGGUAGAAGAUAUGAAAGUAUGAUUAACUAUCUAACCCUACCGGGUGCCGCUCACUCAAUGUGGAACGUUGGCCAGUGGCAAAUUUUAGGUGGAUGGGGGACUAAAGAAGAUACCAAGGAUUUGCCUUAUUCAAAGAGUUGGGAAGUACUUUCGGGCAAGACGGAAAAGCCAGUAGUCAAGAAAGACUUUGGCGUGAUCAUGCGGAUGAUCUACCAUAUUCAUUUCGCAACGAUGGUUUGGUGUUUGCGUGAUGUGAUUAGGUCUCAAUCAAAGACGCCUGAUCUAUCGGAUACAAACACUGCUAAAUCCAUUAUCGAUCAGACCCGAGGUUCAGGAACAAAGGUCAGAAGACUGGCAGUUCGAUAUGCAUUGAACAUCAAAUUGCUCAUAAUGACUCAGAUUAAAAAUAAGGCGGGAUUUGAAAGUGUUUUUCAAACAAAACACAUUCACUUAACUACAAAAUCAAUUCAAGCCUUUCUUCGUGUUGCUGAUCGAAUGUACAGUUCACACAAUGAUACGUCUCAACCGGAACCGAUGCCUGAUCUCCUGCAAACUGGUUUCGAGAAGUUGCAGGAGAUCUUUCAGACAGAGUACACUCAUCAUGCUAAGUCUCGAUUCCAUUGGGGAAGCACUCAAUCACAUGACAUUCCGACGUUCGCUCAAGAUCAAACCGCUACAACCAAUCAACCAGGCGAAGAAUCAUUGGAAGAAACAUCAAACGAGAUGUUUGAAGAAAGUGAGUGA